UACUUUGCUUGGUUUCAGUUCUGGGCAAGACAUCCAAGGGACAAGCGUGGUUGCAAAUCUUCCAGUCCUGAUGCGACAGAAUCCUACAGAGACACUGAGGAGAGUCUUGCCAAAAGUUCGAGAAGUUCUACCUGUUGCAGGUGUGGAAAUGCAACUAACAGCAGCUGUUUCUCUUUUGACAAUUCUUCAAGAGGAGUCAAUAUCCAUCCAUACUUACUCUCACUCAUUCUUACAACUCAUUCUACAGAAUCUGGAGCAUAGAGAUGCAGGUGUCAGUAAUGCUUGGCUGGACACACUUCUUGCUGCAAUAGAAGCUCUUCCAAAAGAAACUAUUAGACAUGAGAUCCUGAAUCCUCUUGUUUCCAAGGCACAGCUUUCCCAAACACUUCAGUCUCGCCUGGUUAGUUGUAAAAUCUUGGGGAAAUUAGCUAACAAGUUUGAAGCUCAUAUCAUUAAAAGAGAAAUCCUUCCCCUGGUAAAAUCUCUUUGCCAGGAUGUAGAAUAUGAAGUUCGUUCCUACAUGUGCCGGCAGCUAGAACUAAUUGCUCAAGGAAUAGGAACGGAAUUAACAAAAAAUGUAGUGCUUCCAGAACUAGUAGAAUUAGCAAGGGAUGAAGGCAGCAGUGUACGUCUUGCAGCUUUUGAAACAUUGGUAAAUCUGUUAGAAAUGUUUGAUGCGGAUGAUAGAAGUCAAACUGUUCUCCCAUUAGUGAAAUCAUUCUGUGAAAAGUCCUUUAAAGCAGAUGAAUCUAUUCUGGUUUCAUUAUCUUUACAUUUAGGGAAGCUUUGUAAUGGACUAUAUGGAAUUUUUACACCAGAGCAGCAUUUGCGAUUUUUGGAGUUCUAUAAGAAGCUUUGUACAUUGGGAUUAGAACAGGAAAAUGGGCACAAUGACAACCAGAUUCAGCUGCAAACCCUAGAACAGGAAAAGAAAUACAUAUCAGUGAGAAAGAACUGUGCUUACAAUUUACCUGCCAUGAUGAUUUUUGUGGAUCCCAAAAAUUUCAAUUUGGAACUGUAUUCUACAUUCUUUUGUUUCUGUCAUGAUCCUGAAGCACCAGUCAGACAUACUGUGGCUAGUAGUUUCUAUGAAGUUGCUAAGCUUUUAAAUACUGAUGUGUAUGUAAUACAUAAAGAACUGAUAGCCCUAUUGCAGGAUGAAUCAAUAGAG